ACCUUCCCCGAUUUAAAAGCGAGAAGAGGGCAGUUGGCGGCGGAAGUGGGAAUAUCGCCCCUCAGUCCACGACGAGAUCCGCUGCUGGCCGGUCGGUCGGAGAGAGAGAACUAAGCGUGCGACAGAUGGGAGGCCUUAAAGGAGGAAAAGGAGCGAAGGAGAGCUCCACUGCGUCCCAAAGCUUAUGGCUUGCUUCGAAUCCGAGCAAGAGAUGGGGGGAGGCGUUCUUUCUACUCUACACUCCCUUCUGGCUCACCCUUACCAUCGGGAUCGUGGUUCCUUACAAGCUCUACGAGAGAUUCACUGAAUUGGAGUAUUUGCUUCUUGGGUUGGUUUCCGCGGUUCCGGCUUUCCUGAUACCCAUUUUUGUUGUUGGAGAGGCAGACAGAGGCAAAUGCUUGAAGGAUCGGUACUGGGUAAAGGCAAAUCUCUGGAUAAUAAUUUUUAGUUAUGUUGGGAACUACUUUUGGACUCAUUAUUUCUUCACUGUACUUGGAGCAUCAUAUACUUUUCCGUCAUGGAGAAUGAACAAUGUACCCCAUACAACAUUCCUUCUUACUCAUGCUUGCUUCCUAUUUUACCACAUGGCAUCCAACAUAACUCUUCGUAGACUACGCCGCUCCAUUGCGUACUUACCACAGCUAAUUCGGUUGGUCACCGAAGCUUCAUGGAUUUUGGCCCUUGCUUAUUUCAUAGCAUACUUGGAGACAUUAGCUAUUUCAAAUUUUCCUUAUUAUGAGUUUGUCGAUCGAGCUUCGAUGUACAAAGUGGGAUCCUUGUUUUAUGCAAUUUAUUUCAUCGUGAGCUUCCCUAUGUUUUCAAGGGUUGAUGAGAAAAAUGGUGAACCAUGGGACCUACCAAGAGUGGCUGUCGAUGCAUUGGGUGCUGCGAUGCUUGUUACCAUAAUACUCGAUUUAUGGCGUAUAUCUUUGGGGCCCAUAGUUCCAAUUCCAGGAUCAGGUCAGCGCAACCAACCAGGCCUUGCAUGGUUCCGCAUGCCGGAGAGCUUUAUGCAAAAUGAGAGUGCAUGAUAUGUGGGGCUGAAGACUUCCUGCAAAAGAAAUGUUCUGUUGUAAUAGCUUCUGUAUUAGCUCCAUAUGAAGAGCUUGACCCCCAUUUCCCUGAAGUAUUCUAUCAGAGGCUCAUGAGUAGUGCAGCUUAGAAUUUAAAUAAUUAAAAGGAACUGUAACAAGUAAUGUUCACUGUUCAUUUUCAAUUUGAUGGAACAGCAAAUGCUAAACUGUCUACAUUUCAACUUCAUAUGCACAUCAAGAUUGAAAUGUCAAGGUUUCCAGUGAACUAUCA